AGCUGCGCUGGCGUCUGAGACUGAGACAUCGCCUUCCACUUCGACAGAAGACUAGGCAUCCUAUCAAGGGGGAAGGUUGGGAUGUUCAUAUCACCAUAAUGAUGAUUAUCUGGGUUGAAAAUGUUAUCCGUGGGUAGAGAAAAAAGGGCUAGUAGCAGUACGAAAAUCUGAACCCAAUAGUGUGUGUCUUGACUUCUAAUAGUAUCAGUUAUUACGGUCUUUAUGGAAGGUACGAUACAUAUAGGUAAACUAAUUAAGCUGAUCGCGACGCUAACGCGCCAUAAACAAAUAGCAAAAUCGAUAAUCCUGGGAUAGUCAACGUAGCUGUAUUAGUAAUGUUUUAGCAUAAAUCACCGGAGAAAAGGAACAACGUCAUAUACAAGGUAUCAGAACAGUAAUAGUCGCGAUAUGAUAAAUGGCUGUCAAGUGACGGUGACUGUGAACUAGCUGGCGAAAAGGCGUCGUCGAGACAACAGUCCAAGCGCCUACAGAAAUAACUGCUGUUCUUCCUGCGACAUUAUUUUGAACGGAGGGAGGUGUCGCUGGAAACCACAGCAAAGAAGUAUAAGCUACCACGUUGGUGUGAACACUCUUAUGGCGCUGGUGUUGGGCGACGUACUGGGUGUGGGGUUGCAGGUGCUGGAUUUUACUAUGAGCUAUAUGCCCACUUCUUUGCCAUAUGUGCCAUUCCCUGCACCUUCACCAACACAUCAGCCCUGCACAAUGAGCGUUAGCCCUCCCGCUGGUGGUAUUCCUUCUCCCAAUUCAGCACUUUUAGCCUCGGUGGAGAUGACUGAUGAUCCUGUCACCAAAGCAGUAAUGGAAAAUGUUUUGGGGCGUUUGCCAACUAAAAAGCCAAGGAGUACUGUAAAAUGUGAUGUCUGCAAUUUGGAAUUUGCUUCACAAACAGUUUUAGAUUCCCAUGUGGCUGGCUACAAACACCAGCGCAAGGUAAAAUCGCAAGAUCUCAUGAAAACCUUAGAGGAAAAUGAAAUUGGAUUUGAGCGCGACGACGUCAGUGGAGUCAUUCGAUGUACUGUGUGUGAUGUGACAGUUAAUUCUCCACAACUGUUAGCAACACACAUUGCUGGCAACAAGCAUAAGCAAAAGGCAGCCAAACGUGCAUCAGGGGAAGGUGGUGGUCCACCACCAAAGAAGUCCUGCAGUGGCUCAGGGGUCACAGGCCAGUCCGCACCCCUCAGCAGCAAUGGUGGAAUGGAUGACACAGCGUAUCCCAAUGGCAACUCUGCUGUCCGCAAAUCCUUGGAUGCAGACUUAGAGAUCCCAGAGUGUGUUACUAAGUUGGAGGAGACAAAAGGUGGUGGCAAAUACCUCUGUAACCCAUGCCAGGCACACUGUAACUCUGGCCAACAACUAGCACAG